GAGCCCCUGAACAAACUUUGUGAGGCGCGAGGGUACAUCGUGGGGCAGCUCUGGAAGGGAACGAGAUCUGCUUCUGGAAGAUGGGCAGUUCCCACCGGCAUGCAUAAGCGGACCUGAGGACAGACCCGAACGAACUGUAACCUUGAGCCCCAACUUUGUUGAACAUGAAUGGAACAGCCAACCUGAAUUCAGCCAGCCGCCCCCACUAUGCCUCCUCUAUCCCUGUGCCCCGAGCCACUUCCCAGACCAAGAUCCAUGCCCUCGCAGCAUCACCUCAAUUGCGCCCACGCCAACACAGCCUAGUGCCCAGCCCCCAGAGGGCAGCAUCCCCAAGACUGGGGAAAGCAGUAGGCAGCCCCAGCAAUUCCUCACCCAAGACUCCCAGAGGAAGAGGCUCUGCUAAGCCUUCAGGGGGACUGAGAGAGUCCUUCCCAGGACAUGAGAGGCCUGAGGCAGCAGAGGGCUAUGAAGGACACUCAAGUCAGAGUCUGAGUUCUCCAUGGAGCAGUCCCAAGGUAACUCCCAAAGCACUUUCCAGUUCCAGGGCUGGACCUAGGAGGACUGAGGAGGCCCAAGUCAUUGGGGGCAAGAAGAAGACACGGGAAGGAAUCAGGGCUUCCCAAGCCCAGAGUAGGAGUCCAUCCCGGAUCAGCCCACACAGAGACUCUCAGACACCAGGGGCUUCUGAGGGCAGGAAACCUUUAAGUUGCCUGGGGAAAGACCAAGAAGUGAACUUUAAAGGUUCUGGCAUCUCCAAACCCCUUGGGCCUGAGGAUGAAUCUCAGAAUGAGAUACCUUCAGGGACUUCCUCGUCUGUCAUCAGUCCAGUGCAUACCAAAGGCUCUUCCUCUAGCCUGGGGACCAUCAGCUUCUCCUCAGCCUCCCAACAGAAUCAUCCCGUCACCGCCACAGUGGCUCCCUUCCACUACAGGCUACAAGGAGAUCAAGACACUGACCCCCUACCCCAAGAUGGUUGUGCCUUUGAAGACUACCCCAGUCCCUCUGAUGGAUCCGAAGACAACUUCCCUGGCUUGGACGCCCGAAUCUUCAAUGCGUUCCUGGCGGGCAGGAUGCUGGGCACCUCCCUCAAGAGCCUGCAACCCGAUGUGGAACUGAGCGGUGGUGAGGGCUCUGAAGAGCUCAGGGGCUUCGGCAAGAAGGCAGGCGAGAGCAAAAGCAUGAUGCCCAAACGCGCCAAGCCUCCCGGCAGCGGGGUGGCCAAGGCCAGCGCCGGAGAGCUGAAGGUCUUCAAGUCUGGCAGCGUGGACAGCCGGCCUCCUCCGCCGCCGGCUUCCAACCUCCGCAAGCAGAAGUCCCUCACCAACCUCUCCUUCCUGACGGACUCAGAGAAGAAGAUGCAGCUCUACGAGCCCCAGUGGAGCGAUGAUAUGGCCAAGACACCUAAGGGCUUCAGCAAGGGGGGGCCCAAGGGUCGGGAGGCACCCCUCAUGUCCAAGACACUCUCCAAAUCGGAACAUUCACUGUUUCAGGCUAAGAUGACCUCUGGUGGGGUAGCCAAGCCCCCGUUGGCCCCUCUGGCCCCGGGCCUGGGCAAACCCAGCCGAAUCCCCCGGGGUCCCUACGCUGAGGUAAAGCCCCUCAGCAAGGCCCCUGAGGCGGGUGUCAGCGAUGACAGCAAGUCCGACGACGAGCUUCUGUCCAGCAAGGCCAAGGUGCAGAAGGGGGCACCACCACCACCCGCUGGCAAGGGCCAGGAAGAGCGAGCCUUCCUCAAGGUAGAUCCCGAGCUUGUAGUGACUGUGCUGGGAGACCUGGAGCAGCUGCUUUUCAGCCAAAUGUUGGACCCGGAGUCCCAGAGAAAAAGAACAGUUCAAAAUGUCUUGGACCUUCGACAGAACCUGGAGGAGACCAUGUCUAGCCUAAGAGGUUCCCAGGUAACUCACAGCUCCCUGGAGAUGACCUGCUAUGACAGUGAUGAUGCCAACCCCCGCAGUGUGUCCAGCCUCUCCAACCGCUCCUCCCCACUCUCUUGGCGCUACGGACAAUCCAGCCCCCGCCUGCAGGCGGGUGAUGCACCUUCAGUGGGUGGGAGCUGCCGCUCCGAGGGCCCUCCAGCCUGGUACAUGCAUGGCGAGAGAGCCCACUAUUCUCACACUAUGCCUAUGCGAAGUCCCAGCAAACUCAGCCACAUCUCCCGCCUUGAGCUAGUUGAGUCUUUGGAUUCUGAUGAGGUUGAUCUCAAAUCUGGCUAUAUGAGUGACAGUGACCUCAUGGGCAAGACCAUGACAGAGGAUGACGACAUCACCACAGGCUGGGAUGAAAGCAGCAGUAUCAGCAGUGGGCUCAGCGAUGCAUCAGACAACCUCAGUUCUGAAGAAUUCAAUGCCAGCUCCUCACUCAACUCCCUCCCCACCACCCCUACUGCUUCUCGAAGGAACUCGACCGUAGUGUUACGCACAGACUCAGAAAAGCGCUCACUGGUGGAAAGUGGGCUAAGCUGGUUCAGCGAGUCAGAGGAAAAGGGCCCGAAGAAACUGGAAUACGAUAGUGGCAGCCUUAAGAUGGAGCCCGGGACCUCCAAGUGGAGGCGAGAACGGCCAGAGAGCUGUGACGAGACUUCCAAGGGUGGAGAGCUAAAGAAGCCUGUCAGCCUGGGUCCCCCGGGAUCCCUGAAGAAGGGCAAGACCCCCCCAGUGGCUGUCACUUCACCCAUCACCCACACAGCCCAGAGCGCCCUCAAAGUAGCAGGCAAGCCUGAGGGGAAGGCCUCGGACAAAGGCAAACUCUCAGUGAAGAAUACGGGGCUGCAGCGCUCCUCCUCAGACGCUGGCCGGGACCGCCUCGCGGAUGCCAAGAAGCCCCCCUCGGGCAUUGCCCGACCCUCCACCUCAGGCUCCUUUGGCUACAAGAAGCCUCCCCCAGCCACAGGCACGGCCACUGUCAUGCAGGCAGGCAGCUCAGCCACCCUAAGCAAGAUCCAGAAGUCAUCGGGCAUCCCCGUCAAGCCAGCGAAUGGGCGUAAGACCAGCCUGGAUGCCUCCAACAGCACCGAGCCCGGAUUCAUGGCUCCCGGGGCCCGCACCAACAUCCAGUAUCGCAGUCUGCCCCGACCAGCAAAGUCCAGCUCCAUGAGUGUGACAGGCAGGGGUGGACCCCGUCCUGUGAGCAGCAGCAUUGAUCCUAGUCUCCUCAGCACCAAACAAGGUGGCCUGUCGACCUCGAGGCUGAAGGAGCCUUCGAAGGUCGCUGGGGGUCGGACUACACCAGCCCCAGUAAACCAGACGGACCGGGAAAAGGAGAAAGCCAAGGCCAAGGCAGUGGCCUUGGACCCAGACAAUGUGUCCUUGAAGAGCAUCGGCUCACCAGAGAGCACCCCUAAGAAUCAAGGGAGCCACCCGCCAGCCACCAAGAUUGCAGAGCUGCCCCCAACCCCGCUCAGGGCCACAUCCAAGAGCUUUGUCAAGCCUCCCUCUUUGGCCAACUUGGACAAGGUCAAUUCCAACAGUCUGGACCUACCAUCCUCCAGUGAAGUCCAUGCCCCCAAGAUCCCAGAUCUGCAUCCCACAGGCUCAGCAGCGGGUGGUCCCCUCCCCACUUGCUUCACUCCCAGUCCGGCACCAAUCCUCAAUAUUAACUCAGCCAGCUUCUCUCAGGGCCUGGAGCUUAUGAGCGGCUUCAAUGUCCCCAAGGAACCCCGCAUGUACCCCAAGCUCUCUGGCUUGCACAGGAGUAUGGAGUCGCUCCAGAUGCCAAUGAGCCUGCCCAGUGCCUUCCCCAGCAGUACCCCUGCCCCCACCACACCUGUACCCCCUGCUGCACCCCCAGAAGAAGAGGCAGGGGAGCUGACCUGGAGUGGGAGCCCAAGAGCUGGGCAGUUGGAAAGUAAUCAACGAGAUCGGAACACACUUCCCAAGAAGGGGCUCAGGUAUCAACUACAGUCCCAAGAGGAGACCAAGGAGCGGCGGCACUCCCAUACCAUUGGGGGGCUGCCAGAGUCAGAUGACCAGUCAGAUCUGCCUUCGCCACCUGCCCUCUCCAUGUCUUUGGGUGGAAAGGGCCAGCUCACCAACAUAGUGAGUCCCACUGCAGCCUCCACGCCAAGAAUCACCCGCUCCAACAGCAUCCCCACCCACGAGGCGGCCUUCGAGCUAUACAGCACCUCCCAAAUGGGAAGCACCCUGUCCCUGGCCGAGAGACCCAAGGGGAUGAUUCGGUCAGGAUCCUUCCGAGACCCCACGGACGAUGUUCAUGGCUCUGUGCUGUCGUUGGCUUCCAGUGCCUCCUCCACCUACUCUUCAGCUGAGGAGAGGAUGCAAUCUGAGCAAAUCCGGAAACUUCGAAGGGAGCUGGAGUCAUCACAGGAGAAAGUGGCCACACUGACAUCUCAGCUGUCUGCCAAUGCUAACCUGGUGGCUGCCUUUGAACAGAGCCUGGUGAACAUGACAUCCCGUCUUCGGCACCUAGCCGAGACAGCAGAAGAAAAGGACACAGAGCUGCUGGAUUUGCGAGAGACCAUAGAUUUCCUGAAGAAAAAGAAUUCUGAGGCUCAGGCCGUCAUCCAAGGAGCUCUUAAUGGCACAGACGUCACACCCAAGGAGCUUCGGAUCAAGAGACAGAACUCUUCAGACAGUAUUUCCAGCCUCAAUAGCAUCACCAGCCACUCCAGCAUAGGUAGCAGCAAGGACGCUGAUGCUAAGAAGAAGAAAAAGAAGAGUUGGGUCUAUGAGCUGCGUAGCUCCUUCAACAAAGCCUUUAGCAUCAAGAAGGGUCCCAAGUCAGCUUCUUCUUACUCUGACAUCGAGGAGAUUGCCACACCCGAUUCUUCAGCCCCAUCUUCACCCAAACUGCAGCAUGGCUCCACUGAAACGGCCUCACCAUCUAUCAAGUCCUCUAACUCCUCCUCUGUGGGCAUUGACGUCACUGAGAUGUUCCAUGCCAACGAGGAAGAGGAGGAACCAGAAAAGAAAGAGGUAUCGGAGCUGCGUUCAGAGCUGUGGGAGAAGGAGAUGAAGCUCACAGACAUCCGAUUGGAAGCUCUCAACUCUGCCCACCAACUGGAUCAGCUCCGGGAGACCAUGCAUAACAUGCAGCUGGAGGUGGACCUUCUAAAGGCAGAGAAUGACCGGCUGAAGGUGGCCCCAGGUCCCUCAUCUGGUUCAAUCCCGGGGCAGGCCCCCGGUUCAUCUGCUGCCUCAUCCCCACGUCGUUCCCUGGGUCUCGCCCUGGCCCACUCCUUCAGUCCUAGCCUCACAGACACAGACCUGUCUCCUAUGGAUGGCAUCAGCACCUGUAGCUCAAAGGAAGAAGUAACCCUUCGAGUAGUAGUCCGAAUGCCACCUCAGCACAUCAUCAAAGGGGACUUGAAACAGCAGGAGUUCUUCCUGGGCUCAAGCAAGGUCAGUGGUAAAAUUGACUGGAAGAUGCUGGAUGAGGCCGUUUGCCAAGUAUUCAAGGACUACAUUACUAAGAUGGAUCCAGCUUCUACAUUGGGCUUGAGUACCGAGUCAGUCUAUGGCUACAGCAUCAGCCACGUGAAGCGAGUGCUAGAUGCUGAACCCCCAGAGCUGCCACCAUGCCGUCGGGGUGUCAAUAGCAUUGCUGUCUUGCUCAAAGGUCUAAAGGAGAAGUGUGUUGACAGCCUGGUAUUUGAGACACUGAUCCCCAAGCCCAUGAUGCAACACUACAUAAGCCUUCUUCUCAAGCACCGACGUCUCAUUCUCUCGGGCCCCAGUGGCACAGGCAAGACCUACCUGACCAACCGGUUGGCUGAAUACCUGGUGGAACGCUCAGGCCGAGAGGUCACAGAAGGCAUCGUUAGCACCUUCAACAUGCACCAGCAGUCUUGCAAGGAUCUGCAAUUAUACCUCUCCAACCUAGCAAACCAGAUUGACCGGGAGACAGGCAUCGGGGAUGUGCCCCUGGUGAUUCUACUGGAUGAUCUGAGUGAGGCGGGAUCCCUCAGUGAACUAGUCAACGGAGCUCUAACUUGCAAAUAUCACAAAUGCCCCUAUAUCAUAGGUACCACCAAUCAGCCUGUGAAGAUGACCCCUAAUCAUGGUCUGCACUUGAGCUUCAGGAUGCUGACAUUUUCCAACAAUGUGGAGCCAGCCAAUGGCUUCCUGGUGCGUUACCUGAGGAGGAAGCUGGUAGAGUCAGACAGUGAUAUCAAUGCCAACAAGGAAGAGCUUCUCCGAGUGCUGGACUGGGUGCCCAAGCUGUGGUAUCAUCUCCAUACUUUCCUAGAGAAGCACAGCACUUCAGACUUCCUUAUAGGCCCAUGCUUUUUCUUGUCCUGUCCAAUUGGCAUUGAGGACUUCCGCACUUGGUUCAUUGACCUAUGGAACAACUCCAUCAUUCCUUACCUUCAGGAAGGCGCCAAAGAUGGGAUCAAGGUCCACGGACAGAAAGCAGCUUGGGAAGACCCAGUAGAGUGGGUCCGAGACACCUUACCUUGGCCCUCAGCCCAACAGGACCAAUCAAAGCUGUAUCACCUGCCUCCACCUAGUGUGGGCCCUCACAGCACAGCCUCACCCCCCGAGGAGAGAACUGUCAAGGACAGUACCCCCAGUUCUCUAGAUUCAGACCCUCUGAUGGCCAUGCUGCUGAAACUCCAGGAAGCUGCCAACUAUAUCGAGUCUCCAGACAGAGAAACCAUCCUGGACCCAAACCUCCAGGCCUCACUUUGAGGACCUACCUAGCCACCACUGUUGGCCCAGAGAGCAGUGAGCCGGCCUCAACUAUGUCAGCUCUUCCUCCUCCUCUUCUUUCAGAGCACCCAUCUACAGCCCAGAAAAGGGGACUGGAGGGAGUUGGUGGGAGGGGAGGGGCAGGCUUUCUGGUGCUGCACCUUGGAGGACUUCCUAGGAUUGGUGGGGUGGGGUGAGGGGAGCUUGUUCCUCUGGAUAAAAGACUGGCCUCCUCUCAAGACUUUGGGGAGAGGGGGAUU